AUGUCACCAAUGCAACAGGCUGCCUUCACGCGUGGCCUGGUGAUGUUGCUCAGUGGAGCAGAAUCUGGAGCUUUCCUCACCCCUACAUCACAGUCCUGGAAAACCAUUCCAACUGCUGUUCCACUCUGCUCCAGGAGAUUGAUGACUUCAUUCAGCUCGCUGCAGAGACGUGGACAGUGUUACAGCAUUGUUGGAUUUCAUCUCAUUGAGUCUUUGACCUCACCUGUGCUCACUGAUCUGGGCUACUGGAGGAAGGAACUGACCCUCAUACAGCUUUUGUGUGCCUGUCAGCUCACCAAACUGAUUUUGCCUCUCAGCACUUGGUACAGUGAACUUCAGUUGGCCAGCAGCAUCUUACACUUAAUUUCCAUGGACUCCAUGUCUUCUGUGGAAUGGCUUUACUUCCUCCAGUCUUCACUCUCUGUCUGCAAGCAUGUCCCAGAUACUGUUUGUCUCCUGGUCGACCAUCUUAUAGUUGGCAGUCACGGGGACUGCUGCAGGUUAGCUAUGGACACAGCUGCCACCAUCGCUGAGAGCUGCAAAGGAAAAGGUAACUGUUUAGUGCCUGUCCUGAUGUUUAAACUGGGCAGAGUGUCUGAUUUAGCUUUGUCUCGCUCUGUCCUCUACAUUCUUCCAAGACUGGGAACACACAAGUUCUGUAUCCUGCAGGGUCUUCAUGUACUUCAGACUAUGUGUUGCUCACCCAAACUGAUACCUGUGGCUCUGCAGCUUCUCUCUCUCUUAUGAAAAAAAAAAAAAUUCGCUUCAUCUUUUGACCGUGUGUAUCCAGACCUGUUGAGACUGAUGUCACAGCUUGAAAGAUCCUCUAUGGUCACUGGUAAAGAGACUCAGUGGGAGCAGAUAUUGGCUAGGGCAGCCUGUGUCAGGGACAUCUGCAGGGAGAGGUCUUUCCAAAUGGGACAGAACAUACUAGCCGCCAUUACUGUGACAUUAACUCAGUUCUCCAGGAAGGAUCAGGCCACCCCAGCUGCUCUGGCACUGCAGGGCUUACAGGAGCUCUGUAGAGCUGAGGUAGUUGAUAUCAGCUCUAAAUGGAAAGAUCUCUCUCCUAAACUGUGCUGUUACACCAGACCAUUGGUCCUUAAUGCCACUGCUGAAGUGCUGGCAUUAGUACCUGCCUUGAAUGCCCUUGAAAUAUUCCUAACAGCUCUAGUGAGGCAAGAUAUGAGCCAAAUGCCCCUUGGUGUGAAUGUGAAUUCAGCCCUGAAUGUGGGAAAUUUGCUUCGGACCAAAACUGUGUCUGGAAUUCCUCCUUUCAUGCUGAAAACAUAUAAGAAGAACAAGCAGCCAGGUCGAAAACCUGGUUUAGCAGGUAAGCUACUUUUUAAACUGCAUACAUCUGCUCAGACUGACAAAGAUAUAUGGCCAAUCACCUGCUUCCUUGUCAGCAAAGGGCGAAGCUAUCAACAGGUGUUAGCCACCCUUAUUCAUGAGGUACCUGCCAGCAGAUACUUAAUGGGAUAUUUCACCCAAAAAUGAAAAUUCCAAUUUCAUCAUAUCAUCAAGGGUCGAAAGGCAGAGCUUGAGAUGCUACAGAAACCGGGUAAAGAUAGUCCAGAAGAACUGCAAUACAAACAUCAGUGUGCCUGGCUCUGCUGCAGUAGUCAGUCUGAACGUGAUAAUGCCCAUGUGUCUCAGACUCUUAACAGACUCCUGCAAACACUGCAGGACAGCAGCAGUAUGGGCCACAUACUACAGGAGAUCAUCACUUUCUCAGUGACGAUUGGACUGCAGUCAAACGGGACAUGUCUUCUCGGACACCUGCAUCUGGCCCACAUGUCCUGUAGCCAAUGUCGAACUGCUGUUCCUCAGGACUUUAUUUUUUACCUCCCAGAGAAAAGUGUCAUCUGAGCGAGUAUAGACUUCAUCACUGAAGCUGGAAGGAAAGGGCCUGAUUUCACUCCUCCACACUUAGUGAAGACAGUGCUGGCAGCAUUAGGCACAGCUGGCAGAAGCUUCUAGUAUCCCCUGGUCAAUUGGAGUUUCAUUCUCUCCCCGCUGAUGAGACUCAAGUUUUGUGAGGUGGUGCAGCAUAAUUUUUUAGAGUUAGCUGCCAGUCAGGUCCAGUCCUCCCAAAGUGCUUAACUUUUCCUUGGGAUUUGGCUUGCACCUCCCUUGGUUCAGAGCUUGAGUCUCAGCUCGGCUCAUCUGUAUGAGUGCAUGAGCUCCUGGAUGAAGCAUGUGGCUAAAGACAAACAGCAGGUGUAUGUGGACAGUCUGGCAUCCCAACAGUUUGAUCCAGACACACGUCCCAAGUGCCUCCCCCUUUGAAUCUCCAUCCUAAAUGGCUUGUCCAAAGCCAUGGCUGUCCCCAACCCUCCCCAGAACUGCUGGACCACCAUGUGCUCUACAACUGAAAAGAUCUACAACCUCAUACCUGUCAGUAUACAGGGAACAUACUUCCUCCUCAGUGUGUUUGCAGCAGAAGUGGUGUCUGGGGCUGACCAUUGUGUGCCUCUUCUCAUUGGCAUCAGAGCCCAGUGGUUUCCAUGGCGACAGUCCUCUCAGACAUCAGAACUGUCCCAUGAUCUGUAUGUCAACCCUGCUACAACUGAGCUGUCAGUGUCAUCAUGCCUACUUGAUAUUCCCCUACAGCAUGAAGCAACUACUUUCCAAAGAGCCAUGUCACAGAAGGUCUAUGAGCUGAUCCUGGUGCAGCAGACAAACACAUGGGAAGAGGCUGUGGACUACUGCAGACAGCACUACAUUGAUCUGGCAAUUAUAAACUCUGAAAAUAUUGUGGUAGAGGCGAGAAACAAGAUCAAACCAGCCCAGACAGAGGAUGUGUGGACCGGCUUGCGCUUCUUAGCUGGUCAUUGGUUCUGGGUAAAUGGAGAUGAUGUUGACUAUACGGCCUGCACCUGGGCUCAUCUGUAUGAGUGCACGAGCUCCUGGAUGAAGCAUGUGGCUAAAGACAAACAGCAGGUGUAUGUGGACAGUCUGGCAUCCCAACAUGAUUCAAAGACAGACCUCAUAGUCAAAAUCACUGAGGCUAAUGUGGAAAAGACAGCUUUCAUCCUAUCCUACCUGACUUAAUGGCAGAGUCCCUCUUCUUGGUCUCUCAAUGACGUCACUAGUACACUUCUCAUGGUGGGGAAUAAGAAGCAAAUCAGUUGGCUUCUCCUGCAGUGCCUCCACCAAUCAUGUUUUGCCUCUAUUCCCAAUACAUGUGUCUCUAAAAGAAUGGAGUGGCUAUUGGACAUAAUGGGCCACAUCAUAAAUGUUGCUUACGGAUCUCCCACUGUCAAAUGUGUCAAUGUUUUGGAGGGAACAUACUUCCUCCUCAGUGUGUUUGCAGCAGAAGUGGUGUCUGGGGCUGACCAUUGUGUGCCUCUUCUCGUAGGCAUCAGAGCCCAGUGGUUUCCAUGGCGACAGUCCUCUCAGACAUCAGAACUGUCCCAUGAUCUGUAUGUCAACCCUGCUACAACUGAGCUGUCAGUGUCAUCAUGCCUACUUGAUAUUCCCUACAGCAUGAAGCAACUACUUUCAAAAGAGCCAUGUCACAGAAGUUGUUUCUAA